CGCGCCUCCCGCGCGCAACAGUUCCCCCAAAGUUGCGGCCGGGGAGGCGCGAAGCCGGCGGGGGACGCGGCGUUGGCCCGGCGCGCGCAGCCCCAGGCGGGCGGCGGCAUGGGCACUCGGCAGACCAAGGGCAGCCUGGCGGAGAGAGCCAGCCCCGGCGCGGCGCCCGGCCCCCGCCGCGAACGACCCGACUUCUGGGCGUCGCUGCUGCUGCGCGCCGGGGACAAGGCGGGGCGCGCGGGCGGUGGGCUACCCCCCUACCACCGGCGCGUCGGCAUGGUCCAGGAGCUGCUGCGGAUGGUGCGCCAGGGCCGGCGGGAGGAGGCGGGGACGCUGCUGCAGCACCUGCGCCAGGACCUGGGCAUGGAGUCAACCUCCUUGGAUGAUGUGCUGUAUCGCUAUGCCAGCUUCCGGAACCUGGUGGACCCCAUCACGCACGACCUCAUUAUCAGUCUGGCACGCUACAUCCACUGCCCCAAGCCGGAAGGUGAUGCAAUGGGUGCCAUGGAGAAGCUGUGCCGACAGCUGACCUACCACCUUAGCCCUCAUUCACAGUGGAGGAGGCACCGAGGGCUGAAGAGGAAGCCACAGGCCUGUCUUAAGGCCCUCCUAUCUGGGAAUCCUCCAGACAACAUGGUAGAUCUGUCAGGCAUUCCACUGACUUCACGGGACCUGGAACGGGUAACCAGCUAUCUUCAGCGCUGCGGAGAGCAAGUGGACAGUGUGGAGCUGGGCUUCACAGGCCUGACAGAUGACAUGGUCCUACAGCUACUGCCAGCCCUCAGUACCCUGCCCCGUCUCACCACACUAGCCCUCAAUGGCAACCGACUGACCCGGGCUCUGCUGAGGGACCUCACUGACACCCUUAAGGACCCCAGCAAGUUCCCCAAUGUCACAUGGAUUGACCUGGGCAAUAAUGUGGACAUCUUCUCAUUACCACAGCCCUUCCUGCUCAGCCUGCGGAAGCGCUCUCCAAAACAGGGCCACCUACCUACCAUCCUAGAGCUGGGUGAGGGGCCAGGUACUGGGGAGGAAGCCAGGGGAGGUAUGAGUCAGCAGGACCCCACAGGGAGCCCUGUGACACCUGCUAGGGGCCAGGAGAGUAGGGAGGCUGUGAUUCAGACAUGACACAGGGUCCUAACCAGGGAGUCCUGGAUGGCCAAGGCAGGUUAAGGGUCCCUCCUAUGGGGAAUGUCAGCCCUACUCAGCUCUCACCAGGAUGAGAUCAGAAUACUUUUUGUCCUCAAACCCAACUCCCAGUACUUGCUCAAGGGGCUCGGAUGUCUCCAUCUCACUGCCCUCCUAGAACAGUGCACCUGGACCAAAAGUUCUUUAUUGGGCACUUACAAUUUAGACAGGUAACAUAGGCACCUACUCCAAGACAUCUACCUACUUCCCAAUUCCCAGGGCCUUUAAGGCAGUAUGUCUCAGACUAAGUGUGGAAAACCCAGCUCAAGCCGAAGCACUUUUGUUGGCUAGCAACCUGUGUAGGGCAGUCCCUUGCCUAGCUCCCUUACUCAACCAGCACAACUUUUUCAGCUGUUUCAGGUUCUUCUCCCAUUACCUAGUACGUCUUAGCUUUUCAAAAACUCAUUUACCAAGGCUCCAGAACUAGCUAAGUCCUAGUUAGCAAAGAGGAAAAACUGGGGGUUCUUAAUACCCAUUAGCACUCCUAGUCCCCAAUAAUGAGCAACUGCUUGCUCAUCCUACCAAGCCCAAGAGAACUGUCCUGAACUAAGUGGUCAAAAUCUGAACUCAGUUAUGGGGAAGCACAGCCCUACAGGCCAGGUAAGCAAACUAGUUUACAGGAUCUGGACAAGAUGGUUGUCCUUGCAUGGUACUGCAGCCAAGGACAGGAGUGGGCGCCUUACAUGCUUUGGAAUCUUUGCCCAAAGUUGUGACAACAGCCUAGACUGACCACACGUUUACAGUGCUAGAGCUGGACUGACACCUGCCACUCAACUUUACUCUUCAAAUACAUGUUUUUAAGGACCAA